AUGUCCGACGGGGAGUACGAGACUGCCGAUGCUGGAGCUUCUAACGGCAUCCCGAUCUUAUGCGGGGCGCUUAGAAAGAACGGGUAUGUUAUCAUGAAAGGAAGGCCGUGCAAAAUCGUCGAUGCCUCUUCCUCUAAGACUGGAAAACACGGAUCUGCAAAGGUCAACUUUGUUGGAAUCGACAUUUUUACCAACAAGAAGUAUGAAGAGUGCAGGCCAUCCAGCCACACCGUUUAUCAGCCUGUUAUCACAAGACAAGAAGCCCAGGUUCUUUCUGUCGAAAGUGACGGAUAUCUGCAGUUGCUACUAAACAACGGCACCACCCGUGAUGAUAUUCAUGCUGGCGAGACCCUCGCCGCUGUUACUGAAAAGCUGAAGAACUUGCAGGAAGGUGAAGUUGUUAUGGUACUGCUUUGUUUUUCUUUUCUAACCCUUGUCAGGUUAACAUCCUCUCGGCUAUGGACGAAGACAAGUGCACAGACUGCCGCGUCACCACUCCCUAA